GAUUCAUCUCCAUGCAAGAUGAACCUGCAUCUAGCUGUCUGUUUCCUCUGCGUCGCAGCGUUCUCCAGCGCCUUGGCUCAAAGUAGACGUCCAUCCAAUUGCUGCCUCAGAGUAUCGCGUAUCACAGUCCGUCUGGAUAAUAUUCUGGACUACAGAUGGCAGGACAAAGGACUGUGUCCAGUCACUGCAGUCGUGUUUGAGACUCGAAGCGGAAACAAAAUCUGCUCCGAUCCGAACAGGGACUGGACCAAAAGAGCCAUGAGUAAGGUUGCUAAGGAUAAGGAAAGAAAAGAGGCAGAGAAGAGCAAAAAGGAGCUACACUGCACAGCUACACUGACAUCAGAUUCACCGGCAGAGGGGAACGGAGAGGGGGCAUAUCCCCCGACACCGCCCAAGCUACCAGCGAACAGCAGGUGGCUUCAAGAGUCAGCAGUUUCUGCAGCACCAAAGAAACAGCAUGAACCAGAAGGGUCGGUUAAGUCUACUAAAGCACGGCAGGGCUCUAAAAAUCAAGGGAAGGGAGGAAAAAAGAAGAAGAAUAGAGUGAGAAAAAGAAAAGUGAAAAAGACAAGUCAGUAAGUGGUGAAAGAGGCUAUAGGUUAUUGUAGAUAAUAUAAACAUUGGAAAUACAGCACACUCAACAGUUCUUAGUACAGAGAUGUACAGUGUGUAUACAGUUGCAUGCAAACGUUUGGUCAAAUGACGUUUUGUUGCUUUUCAAAGUAAAAAUAAGUUUAUAUUUUUACACAUUAGUAAUUUUUUAUUAACUUGAUAAAAAUGAUGGCACAUUUUUUACAUUUUAUGUUUUAUUUUAAUUGUAAUAUUUUGUCCCAACAUUACUUUAAAAAGCACAUUUAGGUUCCUUCAUUGAAUAUCAAUAAAAAUUACAUCAAAACAUAAUUUCACUGGGGGUUAUAUAAACUUUUAUAUAUAUGACUGUAGAACCAUGACAACUUAAAGAACCAUUUGAGUGCUUAAAUGGUCUGAAAGCCGUUCAGAGAGUGGCUCUUCUUAUAUACGCUGUUCUAUUUGUGCUGUAGUUAUUUCAACAAGGUUAUGAUGGUUGAUUUCUAAUGUAUUUCAUCAACUAUUAUUACUAUUAUAAUGCAUUACAAAUGCAAAUACAUUAUCAUUCUUUUUCAGUAAUGCCCAAACGAGCCACUUCUGGAUAUGUUCAUUAUGAUUUGUAUUACUACAUAAUUGGAUAUCUGUUGUGUGACUAUCAUUAAUAAUUGUUGCAUUAUCAGUACACUGAUAAUCCACCAGGGGGCAGAAGAAGUGUCUGAUUUUAUAUUUUAAGUUUUUCAGAAAAAAAAAUAUCCCGAUGAUGAUUAAUCAUCUAAAUUGCAUGAAUAAUCAUCUAAAUUCUUUUUUUUUAUUCUUGAAUUCUUGAUUUAUUAUUGGUAGCAUUUGUAAUUAUGUAUUUGUAAAAGUCACAAUGACGAAAGCUUAAUGCGUAGUGAAUAAACCAGUCAGAAGUGUCUAACUUGGGCUGUAUGGAAUGAAGAGUAAAGCCUUAAUUAAAACCUCAUUAUCAUUAA